UCCACUCCUUCCACAGGAUCAUGUAAUCAUUAGUACUUUUUGGACGUGGUACUUAUUUAGGUUAAGUUAUAAGCUGCCCCAUUUCCUUAUUAUUAUUUAUUAGGGAUAAGGAUACUUCCACUUUUUGUUGCUUGUUGUUUCGUGGCAAAAAGUUGGGUUUUGUUUGAUGGAUCGGGUUUACGAGAUUGGAUUAGGUUUCGAUAUCAAUAAUAAUUCAGUGGCACGAACUGAUCUCGUCAGUGAAAGUGAUAAAGUUGGAAGGUUUCCAUGCCAGGAUUGUCAGUCGUCUUUUGGCGUGGCGUUGUUUGUUGUGGCACAAACACGGAAAAAAUUUGUGUAAAAAAAGUACUUAUUAGACUACAUAAAAUUGCGAAUUUGCAAAAUUUUUUGCAAACAAGAUUGAUUGAUAAAUGAUUAGGGAAAAUUAGUGCGUGGUUUGCUUUCAUUGGAGACAUUUGCCCAUGAAAAGUGCUGCCAGUCAAGGGGGCGGGACAGCCUUGCUGGUGGGUCAACUGGUAUCGAAACGAAUGAAUUCAUUGCUCUUACCAAGUCCCAAGGUGCCCCCGCCGGCCGUCGAAAUUUAUGCGGAGGACACGUCCCGUUGCGAUAUUAGUGAAGGAGAUAUCGAAGAAUUUGCCAAACUCUUGGGGAUAGAUUUGGACCAGGAACCGCAUUUCCGGUCUCUCGUGGAAGAAGGCCUCUUGGCACCGCUGCCUCCGGAAUGGAAACCUUGCAAGGACCUCACCAACAACCAGUUCUACUAUUUUAACCUGACCUCCAACGAAUCUCAAUGGGAGCACCCGUUGAAUGAAGUUUAUCGCGAAAAAGUCCUCCAACUUCGGCAGGAUCGUGUCAUGAAUCGUAUCCAAGAACUUCCCCCGACGACCCGUCCCCCCAAAAAGAAUCUGCCUCCACUCGGUCCCCUGAAGAAGGUUGGGGUGAGCAGGCCCCCUUCUUCGCUCGGCGGUGGACGACCCCCAACGCCGGCCAACCGACUUGACGACAAUCUUACCCUGAACAGAGUCACUUCCGGUUUGGGCGUGCUGACCAAGGAGUUGGAACAGUAUGACCUCGAUCAGGAUGCCGACUUGCCCCCGCCGUCCAGCAGGAUGGUUAAGAAGCCAAUGUCCUCCGGCCUUAUUUUGACGGGUGAAGGCGCAAAUUUUCUUAAGCCGAAAGUGGUGGGGGACCAACAACCCCCACCUCCGCCAACGAGUACCUUAUCUAAUCCGUUGUUAUCUGAGGAUAAGUCGAAAUCCGAGUAUGACGAGACUAGUGAUAAUAAAACCGGGUUAGAGUUGGACCUUAUCCCACCCACGACGACGACAAAAAGCAUUCUCAACUCGAGAAAAGGUUUGCUAAACGUUAUUGAUUCUGAAGAAUGGAUGUUGAAGCCGGAAAUUAUGACCGGCGAGGAGAAAAAGUUGCUGUCCGACCUGAACAUUCCAUUGAAGGACCGACACGGCGUCAAAUUUGCGCUCGAUGAUAACACCGAAUUUAAAUUUGACCCGGAAGAUAGCGAGGACGCAUCCGAAUCCCCUCAAAAUCAUCCCAAUCGCGUCAUGUAUCCGGGUGCCAAAAGCAGUGAUGAGUCGACCGACACGGACGAAAAUUCGGGUCGAAACAAUAAUAAAUUCGUGCUGGGAGAGAAGAAAAAUGAGAAAAUUUCGUCACAAAAUUUGGGACAGCUCAACCUGGACGAGAGGAAGGCAACGCUUCGUCAAAACAUGGAAAACGAGUUGACAAAGUACAAAGAGCUUUUGGAAAAGGAAAGAAAAGAGAGAGAAGCGCAAAUUAAAAAACACACGGAAAUGACUUUGGAAGAGAUCCGUUCCGAGAAAGAUUCCCUGGUGAGGAAGGCCCGUCAAGAUUUCGAUGCUCAGAAGAACAUCGAGUUGGACAAGGUGAAACGCGAACUGGAUCUCAUGGUGAAAGUAGAAGUGGACAAGUUGAAAGUCCUCUUCGACAAGGAGUUGGAAGAACGCAGGGACGAAAUCCGGAAACAACAUGACGUCGCAAUGUCCCUCCUAACGAAGGAAUUCGACUCGCUCAACGACACCGAGAAGGCUGCCGUUUUCGCGAAAAACCUCUCCGACGCUACUAUCAAGCUCAACACGGAGUUGAAAGAGCACAAAGAAAGUUUACGAGACGAGCAGAAAAAGCAAAUUCAACAGAUGCGCGAUUAUCAUCAAACUUUUAUAGAAAAAUUGAAGAAAGAUUUGUCCUCUGAGGAGGUCCGGGUCCAGUCCGAGCAUACGAAAAGGUUGGCCGAUAUUGUCACAAGUUUCACCAAAGAGAGCCAAGAUUUGCAAGAGAGGCUAAAAGAAGAGCAAGCUUCUAACCUGGAGGCGCUAAUGGGUAACUUCGAGACGGAAAAGAGGGCGCUACAAGACGAGCUUAAAACGGGAAUAGCUUCGUUACGAAAUGAUUUGCAGGGUUUAAAAGAUUCGGCGAAUGUGCAAAAUGAUGGUGUGCAAAAUAAGGCGACAGUAUCCUCCAAUGUGCAAAAUAGUGUGCAAAAUGCGGCGACAUCUUCGGCAAAUGUCCAAAAUACUGUGCAAAAUAAGGCCACGCCAUCCUCAAAUGUGCAAAAUAAGGCCACGCCAUCCUCAAAUGUGCAAAAUAAUGUCCAAAAUAAGGCGACGCCAUCCUCGACUGUGCAAAAUAAUUCGCAAAAUAAGGCGCCAUCAUCAUCCUCCCCCAAGAAAACAGCGCUACCACCACCUCUUCCAACCGCGCCGACCCCUACCGCGCGGAAGAGCGAGAGCGACGUAAAAAUCCUUUCCGAAAAAUAUGACCAGCUCGAAAAGAAGUAUUCCUACUUGAAAAAAGAGCUCCGAAAAAUUUCCGAUGCUGCCGCAGCUCGUCAAGCUACGAAAAAUAAUGCAAAAUUGCCAGGUCUGAAGAAAGAUCGCAUUAAUUCGGACACGGAUAUCGCCUCGGUCGUAUCCAUGUCCGAGUCAGAUUCGACCACGGCCUACCCGUCGACGUAUAAUGGGCAACAACCACUACCACGUGCUCGACACGUGUCAACUUCCUCGCGACGUGGGACGGAGGAUGAAAACGGGGAAAGAACGCGGUCCCCCGUGGAUGAAAUCCUGGUCGAAAAUAAUGACAAAUUAUCCACCGCGUUAAAAUCGUUGGAAACUUUGAAACAGCAAAUUCUGGAAAUUCAGCAGAGUCGACCCUCUUCGGCAGUCGUGGUUAACGCCACGAAUGGGGUGGUGACGACGACACCGGUUUCGAAAAGUGGGAGGAAUAAUAAUAAAAGUGGUCAAUUUUCCUCCAAUUCUGGAACUGGAACGAGGAGAACAGGAGUGAUGAAUAAUGUGUCGUCGCCAAAUUCUGGGCAGAAUAAUCAGCGAAGAAACUCUUCCAAUUUGACGACGAGGGCAUCCAACCAGAAUAAUAAUAAUAGGAGACUCCGUCCCUCAAAAUCCACGCCGGAACUGGCAGGUCUCUUAGAACUCGGCGACGCCAACAGCGAUCCCGCCGAAGAAAACUCAUCCCACCAAAUCGUCCAAGACGCCAAAGAGUUCAUUCGAACGCAGAAAGAACGCCUCAAAAUCCACCCACCCUCCAGCGCCAUGACGGCCACAGAACUCACCCUGCAAGCCAUUCACAACAGUUAUUUGCAGUCACAACACCGACUCCCUCAUAGCAAAGCGUCCCCCGAAAUCGGUCUCACCACCUUUUCUGAAACGGAGAGUAGUGGCGUCGGUUCCAUGAGCUUUGUUCCCGGUAUGGGUACCUCCGACCUGCUCAAGUCAUCCACCGAGAAGAAAAAGAUCUCCAAAGAUAUCGAAGCCAUUUGUUCCUCCUUGUCCCACAUGGACGAGCAGAUGAAGCUCAUGUGGUCCGUGGUCAAUACCAACCCAAACAAUUCCGCCCUCCAAGGUCAAGGUCAAGGUCAAGGUCAACCCUUAUAUCCUCGCCUCUACCACCACGACCCCCACCACGUGCUCAACAACUACCUCCCGCCCCAACCACGCUUAACGCCGAGCAACCUGCUCAAUUCAUUGGACAAAGAGUUGCAACAGUUCAAAGCGACCAAGGAGAAGAUUCUGAGCCAGUUUUCGACAUCUUCAAAUAAAAAUAAUAAUAACAAUAGGGCGUCGACCUCUGACCUGCUUGUCAUCGGAAGCUCGGGAGAUCAAGGGAUUCAAGAUAAAACGAAAGAUUUGAGAGACUGGUUGGAAAAAUUUUGAAGUUUUUUGAAAAUAAUAAUUUUGAAAAUUAUUUAUUUAUGAAAGGAUGUAAUAAUUAAAUAAAAUGAAAUUGUGUACAGGAAUUGAACUGCAU